AUGGCAGGACAAAGUGGCAUCAAGCACCCCAAUGGCACCUUCACGCCACUAGACUGGACGAUCUUUUCCAACACUAUCGAUGGCAAGCAGGUACAAACGGCCAAGACCAGACACAGCAUCAACCCUGCCAAUGGUGAAGUUGGUCCAGACGUGCCAUUGUCAACGCCAGAAGACGUCCAAAAUGCCAUGAUUGCGGCACAAAAGGGGUUCGCUAUCUGGUCAAUUGUUCCUUGGGAGGAGCGCAAAAAGGCUGUGCUCGCAUUUGCAAACGGAAUUAGGGAAGAAAUGGACGGUUUCGUCAAGAUGCUCACCCGCGAACAAGGCAAGCCUCUGACCUUCGCCAGAAUGGAGCUCGACACGGCUGCGAGUUUCACCGAAACCGUGGCCAAUCUCGUUCUGUCCGAGGAGCGUUAUCAAGCUGGGGACGCUGACACCGUGGUACGCUACACCCCUCUCGGGGUCUGUGUAGGAAUUGUGCCGUGGAACUUUCCCAUUCUGCUUGCUUGCGGAAAAUUGGCACCAGCUUUGCUUACAGGCAACUCCAUCAUCAUCAAACCUUCACCUUUUACCCCCGCCGGUGGUCUUAAGCUGAUCGAGCUUGCCCAGCGCUAUUUCCCAGCCGGAGUGGUGCAAAGUCUCUCUGGCGAUGAUAGUCUAGGGCCAUUAUUGACCUCUCAUCCGGUACCCGCGAAGAUCAGCUUUACUGGUUCCACAUUCACCGGUAAGAAGGUCAUGGAGUCGGCGAGCAAAACCCUAAAGAGAGUGACUCUUGAGCUUGGCGGUAAUGACCCGGCAGUUGUUCUUGAUGACAUUAAUAUCAACGCCGUUGCCCCAAAAAUUGCUCAACUAGCCUUCUUGAACUCUGGCCAGAUCUGCUUGGCCCUGAAACGCAUAUUCGUCCACGAGAGCAUUUUUGACGAGUUCCGUGAUGCACUCGUCAAAGCCACCAAAGAGUUGAAGCUCGGUCCAGGCACAGAUGAAGGUGUUUUCCUCGGUCCCGUUCAGAACGCCAUGCAAUAUGAGCGUGUCAAGGGGUUCUUUAACGACAUCGAGAAAGAGAAAUGGAAUGUCGCGGUUGGGGGUAAAAAUCCUGAAGGAAAAGGCUACUUCAUCACUCCCACCAUCAUCGACCGACCGAAGGAAGGCUCAAGGAUUGUCGUGGAGGAACCUUUCGGACCUAUCGUCCCUCUCCUAACUUUCAGCAACGAUGAAGAGGCCAUACAAAAGGCUAACAACACUCAGUACGGACUCGGAGCUUCGGUAUGGUCUUCAAACAUAGAACGGGCCAAUGAAAUCGCCCGAAAGUUGCACGCCGGCAGCGUCUGGGUGAAUACCCACUUCGAACUAGACGCUCGUGUUCCCUUUGGCGGACACAAGGAGAGUGGCAUCGGGGUCGAGUUCGGUAUUGGUGGACUCAAGUCGUACUGCAACUCACAGACUUUGUACCUCAAGAAAGCUUGA